ACUCUUCCGGUGCGGCAGGAAAAGAUGUCGGCGCCCUUACGAAUGUCAUGUUGUUGACCGUCUCCAGAUAAUUGUGUUUAAGCGCUAUUACAUACACGUUAAGCUUACAUUGAAUAAUAUUACAAGCGUAUCUACAUGAAGUUACCGGAUUUAUAAGAGUAUCUGUCAGUCAUGGUCCAUUUAUCUUCUUUCCUGCUCAAAAAAUAUCAUGGUGGGUAUGUGGUCAUCAGGCUGGCACUAGGAGGUGCCACUAACAGACCCUUCUACCGCAUUGUGGCUGCUUAUAAUAAAUGUUCAAGAGACAGCAAAUAUAUUGAGCAGCUGGGCUCAUAUGACCCUCUCCCAAACAUACGCAAUGAAAAACUUGUCGCCUUCAAUUAUGAAAGAAUCAAGUACUGGAUUGCAUGUGGGGCUCAUACGACAAAACCAGUGGCCAAACUUCUAGGAUUGGCUGGAUUUUUCCCGCUGCAUCCAAUGACAAUAACAGAAGCGGAGCGGAGACAGAAAGCAGCUUUGACGGAAGAAGUUAAAAUGGAAAGACAAGAACAAGUGGAGCAGAAGGAGGCACUGUAAAUACAAAAUAAAGUGUUCAUGAUUUCUAUGCAUCUCAAUAGUGAUAAUGUGACAUUGUACUUCUGUAUUACACUGAGAUAUGUUUUUGGUAAUAUUAUAAGAGUGUUUUUACAAUAAGCUUCUGCACAGGUUGAAACUCCAGACAUUCAGACACUGCUUGAUUAAAAUUUCCUUAUUACCCAAUACAAUAGAGCACAGUUUGAAAGAUGAAUGAGGGGACGUAGACACUGAAAGUGAAUUUUAUAAUCAUUAAUCUGUUGUAAACACACUUUAUCUGGAUCUAUGUGUCACUGAGAACCAGUGAUCGGCUAACAAAAGAAAUUAAUGAAUGUUCUUGCCUGAGGAACCUACACAGAGAGUUGAAUUGAACAGUCUUCCUUGUUUAAUUUCGGGUCAACUGAUCAUGAGAACCUAUAAAUGUUACACAAUUGUGUAAAUCCUUUACAGCAAGCAAUGUACUGAUGUAUCUAACUGUAUGCACCCAUGUACUGGUAUUAAAUAAAUGUAAUAUUUA